AUGAGGUUCUCGAGUACCGUCGCCUUCCCGCUUGCCGCUAACCUCUUGCCGCCCCUUGCUUCUGCUAUACGUAUCUCCCCGGCCCCCAAUGGCGCUUUGCUGCUCCGAGAUAGCUAUGACUAUAUUGUCGUGGGAGCAGGAAUAGGUGGUCUCGUCGUUGCUAAUCGCCUAACGGAGGAUCCAUCAGUAUCUGUGCUGGUUAUUGAAGCUGGAGAUUUAGAUGAUCGUGGUGAAGAUGUUUCAAUCCCUGGGAGCGUCGGAUUUGAGGACCCUCGUCGGUACGAGGUAAAGCUAACCAUGACUGAGCAAGAGUUCCUCGAUAACAAAACGCGAACUGUUAGCCAGGGCAAGGCUGUUGGUGGCGGCACGAUAGUUAAUGGUCUCGUGUGGACCAGGGGCUCGACGGCUAACUUCGACGCUUGGGAGCGUCUUGGUAACCCUGGCUGGGGAUGGUCCGGUCUUCUACCAUACUUCCGGAAGUCCGAAACCUAUUCCACGAGAGACCAUGACAUAUCGGCAUGCAAAAUCCCUGUACCUGUCCAUCCUGUCAAUGGAAAACAUGGCGAUCAAGGACCAGUCGAAGUUGGUUAUCCUAAUUAUUAUUAUAACCAAUCUGAUAACUUCCUCGACGGCGUCCAACAACUCGGGAUACCUGUCAAUGAAGAUCCCAAUAGCGGAAAUGCCACAGGCGCAACUGUCGUCCCCAGCAGCAUGACACAAAAGAACCAGUCUCGUUCCGAUGCGCGCACUGCGUAUCUUGAUCCUGCGCUGGGACGGGAUAAUCUGCAUCUCGUGACUAACCACACUGUUACUCAUAUCUUGCACAAUAGUAGUGGCAACGCGAUCGCUUCGCGCGAUACUCCCAUCGUAAAUGUUACCGGUGUCGAGUUUGCUUCAAAUGUGACCGGCACUAUGAUGAACGUAACAUGCGAUAAGGAGGUGAUUCUCGCCGCCGGUGCUAUCCUAUCGCCCGUUUUGUUGCAAAUAUCCGGCAUUGGCCCUGCCCAACAUCUAAAGGACUUGGGGGUAAAUGUCGCUGUCGACCUCCCGGGCGUAGGGAGUAAUUUCCAGGAUCAUCCCACCUUGCAACCCGUUUAUAAGUACACCGCGCCCGAUGUGUUCUCCGUACAGGAUAUCGUAGGGGCUACGAGGGAUGCCGUCCGAGAAGAAUACCUAGCCAAUCGUACAGGACCCUGGACAACACCAAUGGUGAAUGCGGUUGCGUUUCCCGCCCUAAGUUGGGUUACGGAUAAUUUUCGCGAAUUACUAGACGAAGCUGUUAACACAACUAGCAACCUGCCAUCCUCGUACGACUCAACCCUUCGUGCAGGAUACGCCGCGCAGAAGAACGAGACACUGUGCUUCCUUUCACGUACAGAUACACCAACAUACGAGCUUAUGUCGACAUCCUGGGGUCAAUUGGCAGUAAGUGCGAUGCAGCCAUUCUCUCGGGGCACGGUCUUAGCGAGGUCCUCGUCUAUCUUCGAUAAUACCCAGCCCAUUGUUGAUCCUCGGUAUUGCUCAAACUCUAUCGAUUGCAAAUUGCUUCUUCUCGGCAUUAAAUUCAACGAUCAUCUGAUAGCAACGUCGCCGAUGGCCGCGUUGAUGCCGGUACCGCCGCCAGGUUUUGGCACCGCAGACGCUCGAAAUGAAACAUCUCUUGACGAAACGAUGCGGGCUAUGAUCACAACCGGCUUCCAUUUCAGCGGUACAACAUCCAUGCUACCCCAGAAUCUAGGUGGGGUUGUAGAUCCAUCACUGAGAGUGUACGGUACGGCGAAUUUGAGAGUGGUUGACGCGGGAGUAAUACCAUUGCUUCCAGGUGCACAUACACAGGCCACGGUAUACGCUAUUGCCGAGAAGGCAGCGGAUAUUAUUAAGGCUGGAAGCUCGGACGCCUUUCCUGGUGCAAAAUCGUAA